AUGGCCAAGGCCACGCCUUUCUCCUCCACCAAACUCACUAAAAUCCUCGGACUCUUCAACAUCACACGGGUUUCAAUAGAAGCCAAAGCCAUCCAGCAAACAUUGGAAGACUGUGAAGAGCAGCCUAUUGAGGGAGAGAUAAAGCGUUGUGUCACAUCAUUGGAAGACAUGGCGGAUUUUGUCAAGGCUGAGAUAGGCAACAGAGAUGUGAAUGUCAUUGAGACGACUGUGAAAGGUGGUGUUCACCAAUUAGGGGUGCCGAAGCAGGAAGCAAAGGCAUUGGUGUCUUGUCAUCCUGUGUCAUACCCAAAAGCAGUAUAUAAUUGCCACACAAUAACAAAUGUUGAGGCAUAUAAGGUGCAUCUUUUAGGAUCAAAUGGAGUGGUUGUGGAUGCUGCAGCAAUAUGCCAUCUUGACACAUCAGCAUGGGCACCACAUUAUCUAGGGUUCAAAAUUUUGAAGGAAAACACGCUUAUUAUCGGUGGACAAUAUCCGCUGGUAACUCGUGAAAUCCGACGGAAGUCCUGGGUUUCUGGCGCAUUUCCAUCGGAUUUUUGUACCCCUGUUUGGUGCGCGUCGAUAAAUGUCUUCCGAUAUUUAUAA